AUGUCCUUCAACGCCCUCAUUCUUGGUGCAACAGGCCUGUGUGGCUCUGCGUUUCUCAAAUACGCUGUCGCGGAGCCUGCCUUUUCCUCCAUCACCACUGUGACCAGACAUGAAUUGCAAGAGUUCAAAACAGAAAAGGUGAAAAGUAUCGUGGUUAAAGACUCUGCAACAUGGGCUGAACAGCUUCCUGAGAACGCAAAUAUCAUGUUUUCCGGUCUUGCCACCACCAGAGGCGAAGCCGGCAGCAAGGAAAACUUCUACAAGCUGGACCACAAUUUGAACCUCGAGUUGGCCAAGAAAGCCAAAAGCCAAGGGUGCAAGACAUACGUGCUAGUCAGCUCGGUUGGUGCGGACGUCAAUUCGCGUUUUUUCUAUCUGAAGACGAAGGGAGAGAUCGAAAACGACAUCAUAGCGCUCGACUUCGACAAAACCAUCAUUCUACGUCCUGGACCUUUGUUGGGGCAAAGACACAAGGGCAAGGGUUUUUUCAACGCAGCUGUUGCCAAAAUCGGAGCUGCUUUCUACGAUACCAGCUUGCAAGGUUUGUUAAGCACUCCCGUGUAUGGUGAUGAGGUCGGCAAAGUCGGUGUCGCUCUGGCACUGGACUCUUCGCGCACAGACAAAGUUCAGGUGGUGGAAAGCAGCGAGAUUUUGAAGCUGGCAAAGGGUUUGAAAUGA